ACGCACGAGGCCACGCCCCCACCUUGGGACAGACCCGGAAGCGGCGGUGGCGGUGGCCCUGGGGGAAGAUGGCGCCCUCGGGGCUGAAGGCGGUGGUGGGGGAGAAAAUUCUGAGUGGAGUCAUUCGGAGCGUCAAAAAGGAUGGGGAGUGGAAGGUUCUCAUCGUGGACCACCCGAGCAUGCGCAUCUUGUCGUCCUGCUGCAAGAUGUCAGACAUCCUGGCUGAGGGCAUCACCAUUGUUGAAGACAUCAACAAACGGCGAGAACCCAUCCCCAGCCUGGAGGCCAUUUAUUUGCUGAGUCCCACGGAGAAGUCCGUGCAGGCUCUGAUUGCAGACUUCCGGGGCACCCCGACCUUCACGUACAAAGCAGCCCAUGUCUUUUUCACCGACACCUGCCCUGAGCACCUGUUCAAUGAGCUGGGCCGCUCCCGCCUGGCAAAGGUGGUGAAGACGUUGAAAGAGAUCCACCUUGCCUUCCUCCCCUAUGAGGCCCAGGUUUUCUCCCUGGAUGCCCCCCACAGCACCUACAACCUCUACUGCCCCUUCCGGGCGGGGGAGCGGGCGCGGCAGCUCGAGGCGCUGGCCCAGCAGAUCGCCACACUCUGCGCCACGCUGCAGGAGUACCCGGCCAUCCGCUACCGCAAGGGCCCAGAGGACACAGCCCAGCUGGCCCAUGCCGUCCUAGCCAAGCUGAAUGCCUUCAAAGCAGACACCCCCAGUCUGGGCGAGGGCCCUGAAAAAACGCGCUCACAGCUGCUAAUCAUGGACCGGGCAGCCGACCCCGUGUCGCCCCUGCUGCAUGAGCUCACAUUCCAGGCCAUGGCCUAUGACUUGCUGGACAUCGAGCAGGACAUGUACAGGUAUGAGACCACAGGGCUGAGCGAGGCCCGUGAGAAGGCCGUGCUACUGGACGAGGACGAUGAUCUGUGGAUAGAGCUGCGGCACAUGCACAUUGCGGAUGUGUCCAAGAAGGUCACAGAGCUUCUGAAGACGUUUUGCGAGAGCAAGAGGAUGACCACCGACAAGGCCAACAUCAAAGACCUGUCCCACAUCCUGAAAAAGAUGCCGCAGUACCAAAAGGAGCUGAACAAGUAUUCUACGCACCUGCAUUUAGCCGAUGACUGCAUGAAGCGCUUCAAGGGUUCCGUGGAAAAGCUGUGCAGUGUGGAGCAGGACUUGGCCAUGGGCUCGGACGCAGAGGGCGAGAAGAUCAAGGACGCCAUGAAGCUGAUCGUGCCCGUGCUACUGGACACGGCGGUGCCAGCCUAUGACAAGAUCCGGGUCUUGUUGCUCUACAUCCUUCUACGGAAUGGUGUGAGCGAGGAGAACCUGGCCAAGCUGAUCCAGCACGCCAACGUGCAGGCGCACAGCAGCCUCAUCCGGAACCUGGAGCAGCUGGGGGGCACCAUCACCAACACUGGGGGCUGUGGGACCUCAAGCCGGCUGGGGCGGAGGGAGCGCUCCGAGCCUACCUAUCAGCUGUCCCGCUGGACCCCGGUGAUCAAAGACGUGAUGGAGGAUGCUGUGGAGGACCGGCUGGACCGCAAGCUGUGGCCAUUCGUGUCCGACCCCGCCCCCACGCCCAGCUCCCAGGCUGCUGUCAGUGCCCGUUUUGGCCACUGGCACAAGAACAAGGCGGGCGUGGAGGCACGGGCGGGGCCCAGGCUCAUUAUCUAUGUCAUGGGUGGCGUGGCGAUGUCAGAGAUGAGGGCCGCCUACGAGGUGACCCGGGCCACCGAUGGCAAGUGGGAGGUGCUCAUUGGCUCCUCACACAUCCUUACCCCGACCCGCUUCCUGGAUGACCUCAAGACGCUGGACCAGAAGCUGGAGAAUAUUGCCCUGCCCUGAUCCUCCUGCCCCCACCCUGACCUGCCCCCCUCCCUUUCUAGAAAAAUAAACUCCCUCCUUUUUUUCUGCCA